CAUUUCAAGAUUUAGAGAUAAGAGAACAGCCAGUAUUGAAUUUGCCGGUGGAUCUCGCGACAUUUUUGACAAGUCGAAUAUUAAUGUAUUUUGGAGUGAGUUAAGUGAAACAAAAAAAAAUAAUAAUAAUAGUACGAUAACAGCAAGGUGUGGGGCACAGUUUUACAUGAGUUUUGUGUAACAAUCAGUAUUGCAAAAAUGCCAACAGAUAAGGACGCACAUUGGUAUAAUAUGAAGCAUGAGAAUCGAGGGAAAUGUGUAAUUUUUAAUCAUGAAGAUUAUGACGAGGAUUUUGAAUUCGAUAAAAGAGAAGGAUCAGCUAAAGAUGUAGAGAUAAUUCAAAUAUCUUUUGGUAAUCUUGGAUUUACAGUUGAGACGCAUAACAAUUUAACUUACUAUGACAUCAAACAUGUACUUAAAAACCUUCAGGAAGAAGACCACAGUAAAAACGACUGUAUUUGCAUCUUUGUUUUAAGUCAUGGACUAGAGAAGAAUCUCCUUUGUGCAUACGAUGUCGCCUAUCCCUUAGAUAAAAUCUGGAAGCCAUUUACUGGGGAUAAAUGUGAAUCCCUAGCUGGAAAACCUAAAUUAUUCUUUUUUCAGGCAUGCCGAGGUGACAAUUUUGAUCUCGGAUUUACAUUUUCGGGAAGUAGUGACUCAUCAGAAACAGAUUCUUCGGCUGCUUCAUAUAAAAUUCCAAACCACGCAGACUUCCUUUUUGCGUACAGUACAGUCCAAGGGUUUCGCUCCUGGAGAAAUCCCGAAGAUGGAAGUUGGUACAUUCAGUCCUUAUGUAAAAUAAUCAACAAUUAUGGAGAUAAAGUGGCUCUUGCUAAAAUGAUGACAAUGACGUUACGUAAAGUAGCCACGGAAUAUUCAUCACUCCCUUCGGAUAAUGCGACUGAAAAGCACCAGAAACAAAUGCCUGUAUUUACUACAACGCUGCUAAAAAAUUUGCGUUUAACCAAAAAAAACAUUUCCAGCUCAUUAGAAGAAAUGCUAAUAAAUAAUGACUCCCAUUGGUAUAAUAUGAAUCAUAAAAAUCGAGGGAAAUGUAUAAUUUUCAAUCAUGAUAUUUUUAACACUGGACCCGAACAGAGACAAGGAUCAGCUAAAGACGUAGAGAGAAUUCAAAUCUCUUUUGAUAAUCUUGGCUUUAUAGUCAAAGUGCAUAACAAUUUAACGUACGAUGAAAUCAAAGAUGAACUUAUGAAACUUCGAAGAGAAGAUCACAGUGAAAACGAUUGUCUUUGUAUUUUUGUUUUAACUCAUGGACUAAGCAAGAAUCUCCUCAAGGCCAAAGAUAAAACUUACCCAUUAGACGUAAUCUGGAAACCGUUUACUGCUGAUAAAUGCAAGUCCCUAGCUGAAAAACCAAAAUUAUUCUUUUUCCAGACUAACAGAGGUGAAAAACUUGAUCCCGGAAUUACAAUAGAACGAAAUAAUUACAAAAUAAUAGAAACAGAUACUGGAACAACUGAUUCAGGUUCAGAUAAAAUUCCAACCCAUGCAGACUUUCUUUUUGCCUAUAGCACAUUUCCAGAAUUUUCCUCCUGGAGAAAUAUUGAGGAAGGAAGUUGGUACAUUCAAAGUUUAUGCGAGAUAUUGGAUGACCAUGCACAUGAGAUGGGCCUUGCUAGAAUGUUGACAAUGACAUCACGAAAAGUAGCAACAGAAUAUUCAUCUUAUGCCAGUAAUUAUGGACAUGAUAUGAAACAAAUCCCUACAAUUACCACAACGCUGCUAAGAAAUGUGUUUUUUACCAAAAAACAAAAACCAAAAUCCAAUAAACGUCGUUGUUAAUAAUUUAUAUUAUAAAUGAGCAGGAAAUUACACAGAAAAAACCUGUAUUCCUUUUAAGUAUAUAGCGUAUACGCUAAUCAAUUUGAAAUUGGGAUCUGAAAUACUGCGAUACGCCAUCUGGUGACGACCUCGUUGUGUCAGCCAUUUUUCGUUUCAUCCUUUUUAAAAUAUAUGUAGAUGAAAGAGAUAAAAAAUCAAGAUGGCUGACGCAACGAGGUCAGUUUCCCCAUAAUUCCCUAUGAUUUCAGAUCCCAUAUUUUCAUUUUGAGAAUUAAAAGUUGGCUCCCUGAAGUUGGCGUGAAACGCUCAGCGUCGAAAAUUAUUUUUCAUGCGACCAAAAAUUUUAAAUCAUUUAAAAAAAUUUUGAAAAAUGUUUUGGGUUCACAUAAUAUACCUUAAAAAGUAUUUCUCGAUGUAUUAUUUGGACGGAAAAUAUUUUUAAAAAAAAUAAUUUGACAUUUUUUGGUUCUGUAAACAAAAUUUUCAGCGCUAAGCGACGACGCCAACUUCAUGGAGGUAAGUAAAAUAUGUUUUUAGGUUAGAAAAAUAAAAACAUUUGUUUUCAUAUCAAGAACGUUACUGCCAACUUAAAUAUAAUAGCGCUAAAUUUAAAAACAAAAAAAAAACUAAACUAAACUUUAAAAAAAGUAAUAAUUAUUAUUUUUUACUUAAAAACUACUAAAUAUUUGUACUAAUAAAGAAAAUUUUUCUGGUAUUGUCGAAAUAUUAGAAAAAUAAUUAUAAUAUUCAAAAUCAUUCUCCAAAUGCAGCGAAUCUAGAAAUAUGAAAUUCCAACUAGGAUCAUUUUGAGUAACUUGAAGUUUGGCGCUUACUCAAUUCGAUACCCAACUCAAAAUGAGUUCAUGUUUUUUCUGUGUAUGUUUCCGUGAAAAAUUAAAUUUCCUAUUGUAAAAUAUAGGAAAGUCGUAAUGUUCUCGUAUUUUUUUUUUUUUUUAUUCAUUUUAGUUAAUAAGUCAGAAAAUUUAUUAUAUUUUCUUUUGUAUCACUUUUGUGAGUGUACAAUUAUUGCGAAUGAACAAAUUUUUUUACAAUAUCAGUAUAAAUUAAAAAUAAAUAAAAAAUAAAUUUAAUCAUUAUUA